AUGCACGAUCUUGCCCAAGGUGUUGAGUUCCUCGGGUCACUUAACCUCGCUCAUGGUGACCUACGGGCUGAAAAUAUUCUGCUUGAUCGUGAACGACUAAAACUAUCGGAUUUCGAUUGUACGGCCGAAUUCGGAACAGAUUUUGAAACUUGCCCUUGCCCGUACGGAAGACUACUCAAUCGUAACGAGACAGACCAAGGGAGACCAGGAACUGGCGGCUUCCUAUGUACUCGAAUCGAGCAGUUCGCGCUCGGCUCGCUGUACUACUUGAUUAACUAUGGCUUUGAGCUUUAUGACGAUCAACGUCUCGCCGACGAUCCUUACGAGCAUGGACCUAAGGUCGUGAAAUUACUCCAAAACAUGGAUUUUCCGAAGCUCAAUGGCGAUCCGUAUAUUGACGAUAUCAUCGAUAAGUGCUGGCACAACCAAUAUCGCACGCUUGCGGAAUUGGCCACACAGACAGAAAUGUUGGUUCAGAAAUCACGUAGCGAAGCACCGAACCAGCAAGCAGCCUUCACCCCUGGAGGGCGAACGGCUAUAGAUGGGAGCAAUGGCGAGGUAACCAAUGGUGAUGGCUGUUGCAAUGUGGAUCAGGACCACUCUGGUGAGCCUUUAUCUUCGAAACGGGAAAUCUGCCGAGAUUUAGAGCAGCGUGGACUUCUUCGCCUACUUACUUCGGGUAAGCCUAUGGAGCUUGGAUUCAGCAUGGAGCACAGGCAUGUAUUACCAACUACUCCGGCAGACUGA